GCACCAUCAAGUACCAAUAUCAAAAAUUAUUUAAAAUAAAAUUGUAAUUCAAAGAUUCUGGUUACUGGAUCAAACAGAGCUUGAUAAAAUAUAAUUUGGAUUUUGUUGCCACGUGAUAAGUACCAUUCUGCCUUGGAGCGGGGGACGCGAGAAAAAAAGAAGACAAUCGCCCGGAAUAAUUUGAGCCAAGUGUAUAAAAUGGCGGCACGCCGCUGACACCGCGCAGUGGCUAGCGCGUUCCCGCCAAAACAACUGUCAAACCGGUGUGGUCACUCUAAAAAUUUUCUAUAAAAGAAAAAAAUGAGUGCCCUACUCCUAAUCGCCGUCGCUGUUCUCAUUUUAUACAAAGUUUACUCCCGUAAAACUAUAACUAUUCAACGGGAGAACAAAUAUGGGGAAGCUAAAGAGGUGGUUUUGAGCGAAGCACCGGGGCCGGUACCUUUCCCGGUCGUUGGUAGUUUACAUCUAUUGGGGAAACACGAGUCUCCUUUCCAAGCGUUUACGGAGCUAGCCAAAGAGUACGGGGACAUAUUUAGCAUACAGUUGGGCGGGUCAAAGUGUUUAGUAGUUAAUAAUCUGGAGCUAAUCAGGGAAGUCUUGAACCAGAACGGGAAGUUCUUCGGAGGACGACCAGACUUCGAGAGGUUCCAUAGUCUGUUCGCUGGCGAUAGAAAUAACUCCCUGGCGCUCUGCGACUGGUCGAAUUUGCAACUACGCCGUCGUAACCUGGCGCGCCGACACUGCGGCCCCAAGCAGCACACGGACAACUUCGCCCGCAUCGGCAGCGUCGCCACAUUCGAAGCUAUCGAGCUCGUCCAGACCUUGAAACACGUCACCAGGACCACAGAAUCCGCCAUCAACCUCAAACCACUCCUCAUGUCCACAGCCAUGAACAUGUUCAGCCAUUACAUGUGCAAUGUCAGAUUUGAUGAAGACGACGUCGAAUUCCGCAAAAUCGUCGACCAUUUCGAUGAGAUCUUCUGGGAAAUCAAUCAAGGGUACGCUGUUGAUUUCCUCCCUUGGCUAUCACCGUUUUACAAGAAGCACAUGGAUAAGUUGUCCAACUGGUCGAAAGAGAUCCGCAGCUUUAUCCUAUCGAGAAUCGUAGAGCAGAGAGAAAUGAAUUUGGAAACUGAUGGUCCGGAAAAGGAUUUCCUCGAUGGGCUCCUAAGGGUUUUACAUGAUGAUCCGACUGUUGAUAGAGACACGAUUAUUUUCAUGCUUGAAGACUUCUUGGGCGGUCAUUCGUCUGUUGGAAACCUGGUUAUGCUUUGCUUAGCUGCUGUGGCGCGCGACCCUGAAGUAGGGAAGAAGAUUCGUUCAGAAAUCGAAGGUCUGACAAAGGGAAAGCGCGCUAUCAGCCUAGUCGAUAGAAGCAGCCUGCCGUAUACGGAAUCAACUAUCUUGGAAGUUUUGAGAUACGCGUCUUCUCCGAUCGUUCCUCACGUAGCUACGGAGAACGCUGAAGUAGCUGGGUUUGGAGUUGAGAAAGGGACCACGAUCUUUAUAAACAACUACGAGUUGAACACAUCGGAGAAAUACUGGAAUGAGCCGGAAAAAUUCGAUCCCUCUCGAUUCUUAGAGCGCAGUAAGGUGCGCGUCAGGAGGAAGUCUCAAUGUGACUCAGGUAUGGAAUCUGACAGCGAACGAACAGGGCCUUUGGAUAAAACGACAGAGAUGGAGAAGGAAGUAGUAUCAGUUAAAAAGAACAUACCCCACUUCUUGCCGUUUAGCAUCGGUAAAAGGACAUGCAUCGGGCAGACGCUUGUGACGACAAUGAGUUUCGUUAUGUUUGCGAAUAUUAUGCAAGAGUUUGACAUCGGUGCUGAACAUCUAGAAGACUUGAGACAGAAACCAGCGUGCGUAGCUCUUCCUAAAGACACAUUUAAUCUGUACGUAGUACCCAGAAAGCACUGAAUAAUUUAUUAUUGUAGAUAAUCAAUCUCCUCAGCCAAUAUUAAGG